AUGAAUUCGGGCCAGAAAUGUUCUAGGCCGGUACUAGGGCUGAUGUUACGGCGAAGUCUCCUGAGCAACUCGUCAAAACCAUGUGUCCUACGAACAUACUCGACUGCUACGGCAACGCCUACCACCGCAGAGCCCGCGAGCGCCGGUUUCACUUACGACCUUGCGGCCCGUAAGGAAGCCGACGCUUCAGAAUCUUUUAGUGUUGCCUCGGCAGUUAUCCUCAGCCGACCGCCUAUGCUCACUCGUGAUCUCCCGGACUUCGAGUCAUCAUAUUACUUCUACCAGCGCCGUCUCAACGAUCGACUCCAGCUCCCAUUCACUCGCUGGUUCUACUUCAAAAAGGGAACUUUGGCCGACCAGGAAUGGAAGAGGAAGCAGGCGGCGGCCAAUAAAUACAACCCCUAUGGGCCGCGAGGAUGGGCAGACGAGCUUCUGGCUGGGGACAAUAGCCACAUCAGCGAAGACAAUGGCUACCAGUAUCUGGUUGAUACCACCGUAACAGGAGAGGAGGACACGCUGAGGAUGGCUGCCACAAGAGCCGAGGCCGCCAAGGAGGCAGAGGCAAAGGGAGAACCUUUUGAGCACCCGACGGAAAUUGUCGCAAAGCCAUUUCCAAGGAUCUCGCAGGCGGAUUUGGAGAAUGACACAAAGAGCCUGAACAGAAAAAUGAGCAGGACACUAUAUCUGCUUGUUAAAAAGAACAGGGAUAACUUCGCAUGGAGAUUCCCACAGAGUACGCUUGUUGGGGAUGAGAACCUGCGAGAGGGCGCUGAACGUACCCUCAAAGAAGCUGUAGGUGUCAACAUGCACACCUGGUUUGUUGGAAACGUCCCAAUAGGACACCGUGCCUACAACUACCCUUGGGGUAUCAUCGAUGAGGGCAAAAACGGUGGGAAGAAGGUCUUCUUCAUGAAAGCGCGUAUCCUUGCUGGUCAGGCAGAUUUGACAGAUAAUAAGCUCGGUCUGGACGAUUUCAAAUGGGUUACAAAAGAAGAGAUUCAGCCACUGGUUUCAGGAAAGUACUGGAGGGCUCUAAAGGGUGCGUUGUCUGACAGGUAA